AUGUCGAUGCAGUGGAAAAGACUUUGCAGGGCUGUCGAAAUAGUUACGAAAAAAGUGGCUCCCAAGUCGUGGGCUGAAGCGGUGGGCAUUGACAAGACUCAGCCGUUACUGGAAGGAAGUGGACAGGCGACGUCGUGGCCUAUUGAAGCUGCUGUUGAUGGAAACGCAGCAGCUGCAAAGAUAGUGAGGGAUCCAACGAAGCCUCUAUAUUUGAGGACGUGA